GCGUGAUCGUUCGACAAAACGAGAAACCACGAUCAGUGAAGGCAUUCGAUUCCUGCUACACCCCUUUUGGUUUUGGAUUUUGCUUUCUUUCUGUCUAUUCUUCACUUCUUGUGCUGGUUUGCUCGCUGUCUGGACUUCAAAAAUGGCGAUGAGAUACACUGUCGCGAGAGCUCUGAGAAGGCCGCAGAGUGCUCUUUGGAAGAGGUGCUUACCAGCCCCCGCGACAUCGGCGUUACAAAGUCGUCGCUGCAUUUCAACUGCAGAAACAAAUAAGGAUGUGCCAAAGCCUGCCGUCAAAUUCACUUCCGAAACAUAUCCAACCAUCCAAAGAGAUUCGCGCUUUUCCCAGGUCACUCCGGAACAUGUAGGCUACUUUAAAAAGCUUUUAGGCGGCGGCUCUGCUGUGAUUGAUGCCGUCACCAACGAAGGAGCCAGCGAGGACGUCGAGGCCUACAACAGUGAUUGGAUGCGCAAGUACCGGGGCCACUGCAAGUUGGUAUUGAAGCCGGCAUCUGCCGAGGAAGUCAGCAAGAUCCUCAGGUACUGUAACGAAAACAAGCUUGCCGUGGUGCCCCAGGGAGGAAACACUGGGCUCGUUGGCGGUUCCGUGCCGGUUUUUGACGAGAUAGUGAUCAACCUAAGCCGCAUGAACAAGGUGCGGGACUUCGAUGAGGUCAGCGGCACACUAGUAGCCGAUGCGGGAUGUAUCCUCGAAGUUGUGGACCAAUACUUGGCUGAGAGAGGAUGUAUUUUCCCUCUUGACCUGGGAGCAAAGGGAUCCUGUCAAAUCGGAGGCAAUGUUUCCACCAACGCUGGCGGGCUACGGCUGCUGCGCUACGGCAGUCUACACGGAUCCGUUCUUGGCCUUGAGGUGGUACUUCCUGACGGCACAAUUCUGAACGACCUCUGCAAACUCCGGAAGAACAACACUGGUUAUGAUCUCAAGCAAUUGUUUAUCGGAGCUGAGGGUACCAUCGGCAUCGUUACUGGCAUUUCGAUACAAUGUCCUCAGAGGCCUCAAGCAGUCAAUGUUGCCUUCUUGGGGCUUGAGUCAUAUGAGAAGGCACAGCAGGCUUUCCGCGCAGCCAAGGGUCAGCUCUCGGAAAUUCUUUCCGCUUUCGAGCUCAUGGAUGGCACAAGUCAAAACCUGGUGCGGGAUGUGACCAAGAACAAGAAGCCGCUCGAUGGCGAGUACCCAUUCUACUGCCUGAUUGAGACCAGUGGCUCCAACACCGAGCACGACAGCGCCAAGCUUGAGGCUUUCCUCGAGAGCGUUAUGGAGAAGGAAAUUGUAUCUGACGGUGUGGUUGCGCAAGAUGAAACCCAAAUUAAGUCGCUAUGGGCGUGGCGUGAAGGAAUCGCCGAGGUCUCUGGCCACUUUGGCGGUGUCUACAAGUACGAUGUAUCCAUCCCUCUUAAGGAAAUGUAUCAGCUCGUCGAGGACACAAAGGUGCGUAUCGAGAAAGCAGGCCUGCUCGGUGACACUGACGAGCAUCCGGUUGUGGCUGUCACGGGAUAUGGACACAUGGGUGAUUCGAACCUUCACCUCAAUGUAUGCGUGCGGCGCUACGACAAGAAGGUGGAGAGCAUAUUGGAACCGUUUGUCUACGAAUGGAUUGCCAAACGAGAAGGUAGCAUCAGCGCAGAGCAUGGUUUGGGGCUGGCCAAGAAGAACUACAUAGGAUACAGCCGGAGCGAAGGCAUGGUUGGGCUCAUGAAGCACAUCAAGACUCUUUACGACCCGAACGGUAUCAUGAACCCUUACAAAUACAUAUAGGGUGGAAGAGUAAUCGACAACGAUUCAUGCAAGUUGAAUACAAUAAUCAUGUAUUUAUGGCAAUUAUCCAGCACACCAUACAGUGUUUCCGUCUCACACCGCGUGUUUCCCAGAGCGCAUGUUCAUUACACCUAGGCGCAGGAACCACGCAAGUUGGAACUCGAGGCACCCACUAAAAAGUCGGACCGGAUCGCUGUCUGGCGUCUGCAAUCCGCGUAAACCAUGAGGUCACCAGGACAUCGAUGGAUGUUCCCAUGUCACCAAGCAUUUGCUCACAACGAGUAGCCCUUAAUGGGUCCGUCUUCAAUAUGACGAGCUGGAAGUGAAUCCAAUCCGGGUUCAAAAACAAAACAAAUUUAGCAAGAGGAUGGGCGUUUAAGCCCAUGCGCGUCUGGUACAUACCCUUAAUACUUUGACUAAAAUACUACCACAGGUCAUCACUCUGCUCAUGUUUUCUGCAGUCAGCUCUCUCAUUACCAACGGCUGCAGAGCGCAACGGGUGCCCGACGUGGAUGUGCAUCAUGAAUAAGUGUGUGUACGCGUGUCGGCAAGAAAGCCGUUCUAAGAAAAUGCUGCUAUACCCUCCAUUAUACCACUAUCCGAGGAGUGGAUUAGAGAAGACAUGUGUUCGAAAUCACUUGAAUCAUCCCGAAAAUCUGCAAAGAUAUUGCUUGUCUGUUAUGGGUUUUUCUUGGGCAUUUCAAAUUGCGGCCGUGGAAAAGUUACAAGCUCACUAAUAUAAGCCGACUCUUCUCGUAC